AUGGCAGAUAACCACGGAGGAGCUCCUCCACCGGGAGCUUUUCCACCACAAGCCGGGAAUCCAGCUCAAGCUCAACGUCCGGCAAGACAAAUCGGAGCUGGCGAUAUUCCGACGAUUCCAGCGAAUCGUCCCGGCAUUACCCCACCACCAGUCCCAAAUUUCAACUUCGACAUCAAGACAAGCUUGAUAAACUUGGUGGAGAAUUCCAUCUUUCACGGAAUGAAAGAUGAAGAUCCUUUGAAGCACUUGGAAAAGUUUGAUAGAAUUUGUGCUUUGCAAAAGAUCAACAACGUCACUGAGGAUGCUCUUAAGCUCCGAUUGUUCCCUUCUCUUUGA